GGCGAUCUCUCCCUUUCACUUUAGAUCAAGGCCGGCCUCUCCACAUCACCCAGGCUUCUCCUUUCUCCAGCUCUCCUUCUGCCUUUUUCUUGACCCCCAUUAUUCUUGGUCGUCUUGUACCUCGCUACCUAGGUCUCCUGGUCUGCUGGUAGCUGGGAAGGAUCCAUCCAUGAGUGCAAGCAACUCAGGGGACAGCAUGGAGUGGGGCAGGGUGAGGUCGUCGCCGGGGUCCAGGAGGGGCAAGAAGGCCACCGGCGCCGCCGCCGACAAGCCGAGGCAGCCGCAGAGGGGCCUCGGCGUCGCCCAGCUGGAGAAGAUCAGGCUGCAGAGUGAAAUGGCCGAGUACCUGCACCACCCGCCUCCUGGUGGCAUCAACCUGGAAGAUGCACGGUCGUCUAACUCGGUUUCGUCUUCGUGUCCAUCCAACUCCUUUCAUGCUAACAUCAACGUUUCUUCGCCCUACCCGAUCCAUCCAAAAAUUUUGAUGGCAUAUAAUGGAGGCAGAUCAGGAGACAGGAGAUACGGAGAAUCCCCAUCAACACCCUUCAUCAGAUCGCCGCCUAAUUACCAUGGAGCGGCUAUCUAUGGAGCACCAUACCAACCGAGCAGCAGCGCCAUCACCUUGCCUCUAUUCGAACCGGAGGAUUCUGUUUGCUUCAGGGGACAUUAUGAUCUAAACCAGUCGGUGCCGGUAGACUCACCAUCCCCGAGUAUGAACUCAGAUGAUCAACAAGAUGUGGACCUUGAGCUCAAGCUAUGAUGAUCCUUUUCCUACAGUUAAGAUCCUAGCUUGCAUGCAUAUCCAUUGAUGCCACAUGAUGUGAAGGGUUUGGCUCGUGCAUGCAGUGUGUCGAUAUCCUUAAUUUGGAUUCUUUGUGUGUAAUGCAAUGCAUAUGCAGGCGUACGUGCAGAUUAGAUUGAGACUGGUCAUUGAUUUGGUGAGGUCGAUGCUGGCUGGCUAGCUAAUAUAUGUACUCUAUAUACCAUUUCUGAGUUUCAGUUGCAAUUUGCGACGGCCAUUAAUUUCA